UGACCAACUACAUACGGACCCGAGCGGCUGUGGAAUUGCUUAAGAUUAAAUGAUUAAAUAGUAACGGCCAUUCCAUGCGAGACCGCUUUUUGAAUGUGAUAAGCAUUGAUGCUCUGGGAAGUGUUCGUGGGCUGCGGUUAAAAGAGAAUCGUUAACAUUUACGUUAAUAAACAACCGGGAGGCUGACGUUAUGGUGGGAUUUUCCUCGGACGAAUUAUUCAUUACACAAGGUUAACUGAUUUUAUUUCACCCGACAACAGUCUUAUAAAUUAAGGAUGAUUGAAGUGAGCUAUCAGUCUUGCCUAGAACAGCACCCGGUUAAGAUGCAAACCAUUAUUUCUCGAUUGAUAUUAUGCAUAUUCUUUGUAGCUAAAUCGCAACAGUUACCUUCAAGUUUGUCUAUUAGCACAAAUACAACCGCUGCAGAUAUUCCUUGUGGAACGUCAGACUUUUCUGAAAUUCCCCAUAAUGACAAAUGGGCUAAUAUUGACGAAUAUCCCUGGAUGGCUCAAUUGAUUUAUGAGAAUGCAACACAUCCCGUUUGUGAAGGGGCGUUGAUAAGUAAUUCAUUUGUCGUUACCGCUGCACACUGUUUAGCGGGAUCUAUGCUUCAAAAAGUAGGAGACUUAAAGUUUGUUCGUUUGGGUGAGUACGACGUGCAAAAUGAUCCGGACUGCAUCAUCAUAAAUGAUCAAUAUCUAGAAUGCACUGAUGGAAUAAUUGACGUGAGACCGAAAAGCAUCAUUGUUCAUCCGGACUACCAAGCGCACAGUAGCAGUCAAGACCAUAACAUUGGGCUGAUUGAAUUGAACCAUCCAGUCGAGUUCUCGGACUUCAUUCGCCACAUUUGCUUACGAACCGUGGACAGUGGGAUGAUGGGUGCAAUAAUGUUUGAGAGUGGUUGGGGUCGACUAAAUCGGCUAGUGGAGGGGGAACUAACUAGUGUAUCAAUUCCUUUGAAAUUGAAAAAGAAACUUACUUAUAUUGACCACGACACAUGCUCGAAAACUUACCGAUCGCUGCAAGUACAGCUUACCAGUGAUCAAAUAUGUGCAGCUGAUCGCAGAUCUAAAGAUUCAUAUAAUGGAAACAUUGGAUCACCACUGAUGCAGUUUGACAUGAAAAAGGCAGCUUGGGUUUUAACUGGAUUGAGAGAUACGCAACACUGCGAAAACUGUACCAAUCCGGGAAUAUACACGAAUGUCCACAAAUAUGUGCAGUGGAUAAAAACAAAUGCACAGCUGCAAUAAAGUAUAUCAUCAAAAGCAUAAGUCGGUUUGGGAAUGGAUAACUACCUAUAUAAAGAAUGGCACUGAAUAUUGUGGACUUAGACAUAAACGACUGUUUCUGUGCGUUUAAGUUAAAAAAAGCAGCGUUUCAUAUAAUCAAAGUUGUUCUAAAUACAAUAGGCUUUCAGAUUUACGAUGAGAUGCACGCACAGUAAUAUCAUGAUACUUUUCACUAUAAUGUUCCAAGAUUUUUUUCAGUAAAUAAAGUUCUCUUAUUCGUUAAGUCAAAUGUGUUAACUUCCUUUUUGCAUUACUUGAUCGUAAUAGGACAAAUUACACCACGUGAUAGUGAGCCAAAACAACAGAAGUGUUUCAC